GCCUUUUGGUGUUGCUUUCUUGGACGUUGUGUGUUUUCUUUUUUCUAUUUUUUUUUGUUUGAAUUUUAGGAUUCCCUUUCGCCUUUACGUUUUCUUUCCUUUUGCCCUUUUCACGCUUGCAAUGCACAAGGCAGUUCGUCAUCUUUUUCCUUUUUAACAGGGCACGACAAUUUCCUCCCCAGCCCCAACGUGGCAUCAUUUUGCUUUCCCAAAAACCAAUCAGGGGGUUAAAAUAAAGUAGUGUUAAUUGCACACGCACACACACACACACGGAAUUUCCAUCGCCAUGGAUGACAACAGAAAAGGUGAGCCUCCACCCCACCGUCAACAAAGUCAUCACCCGAGGAUGCUGCCUCCGCCCCAUCCGUCUCUCCAAUACAAUCAAAGAAUGUCACCUCCUCCUCCUCCUUCCAUGGCCGCGGCGUCCUUGUCACAUCCCUCGCUUCCGCCACAACCACAACCACAAGCCCCUCCACCAGCCAUGUCUCAAUCACAACAACAACAACAACCAUCACUGCAACCAUUACAACCAUCGCGACAGCAAUCACCCCAACAAGGAACACACAAAAUGCAGAGUCCUGCCACCUUGUCCGAACUCGAAGAGCUCCCUCUCUUAAAGCCUCCCCAACUAAAUAACGUGCAAGAUAUUUCAGACAUUGCCUGGUUUUCACAUAUAGAUGGCCACCCGUAUGUCCAGAUUCGGCUAAAGACAAAAGGGACGCUGUGUAGAGCGGAUUUUCAUGACCUGAGUCCGAAAAAGCAACAAGAGCUUAUUGAGCGGUUACGGGCGAGAAGAACGGCUCGAGACGACGACGGCCACCCAGCUGUGAGCGAAGACGAAGCAGACCGGCUGUUGGGUUUGGUGGCGUACAUGGAGAAACACAAGAGAUUUGUUCAAAUACCAGCCAAGCGAGGGCUUUCAGAAGAGGAAGAGUCCAUAUCCCACCGCAAGCGUAUUGCAUCACCCAUGUCACUCCCUCACGCACAAUCCCCUAUCCUCCAAGUCCCUCCCAACCCGUACGGUCCACCUAUCUAUCUUCCUCCAGCUCACUCGCCGUUCACACCCCCUGCCCCUGGUCCGCCCAUCUAUUACCAACAACAACAACAACAACAACAACAACCGCCACCGUCGCCUCUACCACCAGGCGGUGAUCGCUUGGACGAGUCUGUUAGAUAUCUCCGCGACCUUCAUGAAACCUGCACAAAGCUCCGACAAGAGAAUUAUAGUCUGCGAUCCGAGGUUGCCGCCCUCCGUCGUCAGAUAAACUCUCUGCACGAGGAAAACGUUUCGCAUAGAGCUGAAUGCCAUCGUCUCCAACAACAACACCGAACACAGUCGCAUUCCAGCGCAACCUCACCACAUCCUUCCACCGAUCACCUCCCACCUGCGACACCCUCCACCCCACAACCCUCUCAACCAAACAUUGCGCGAAUAGAACAUAUCCUUAACAAGUAUGCCCCAUCAAUUCAUGAUCGUCUUGCAGAGUCUUUACGAAAGGUUGCAUAUGACAUACAUGCUGAGAUGCAAAACACAAGUACCCAAAGUGACUGGGGAAAAAAACCUAAUGAUAAAAAUUAGAAACUGGUUUGUAGUACCGUAUUUCAUGAUCUUCUUUUGAAGAUAUUUUUUUUGGGUUCGGUUUUUAGAACAUAGACAAUGGUGAGGAGGUAUAUACCUUUUCAUAGCAUUUUUUUGUGCAUAUGUAGAAAUAGUUGUAGUCAUGUCAUUGUAUAAAAGAAUUUAUCUAUUGUAUUUAAAAAGCUUGCUGACGAAAAAUUCCUCCCCC